AACUCCGUUCAGCUGAGGACCAGCAAGGAUAUUCUCGACAGGUAGGGUGACAUGCGAGCUUGACAAUUUGUGGUGAACUCAAGAGCAGGGAGGAGCCACCAUGUCCUGAGUUCUUUCCUGGUUCACCGCUUGCACCCUUUGCGCUGCCACCAUCACCAUCACCGCCACCAAUUGGAUAACCCGUCCCAACUUCACCUACACAGGGGAUGGACACUUAAACUCGCUUGCAGUCAUCUACAAACGACAUAUUUAAUCAAUAUACUUACCCGAGCAGCGGAUGACUACAAGUGCUGUGUUUGUACUUUCUCGCGCUUGAAUCAGGAAACCAACGGAAUUAAAGCGACAAUAUCCGUACCAUGCUGUAGGAGUAUCGGACGGAAGGCCUGGGACGAGCUGUCUACAAGUACUUUCCUAAACUUGCUCCAUCCAUCCGAUACAUUGGCCAAAUCAAGAUGGCGGACUCUUCAACGACACGCAACACUAGGCUCUUUGGCCUACCGACAGAACUCAAUGACCAGAUCAUCUCCAAGCUGAACUACCAGGACCUUUGCUCCCUCCGUGCAACAUGUCACUCAGCCAGCGCAUUGAUUCCUUUGACUACACUCAAAACACUGCGGCAAAAUAUCAAGGCAAAGCUCCUCGACGAAGAGGCAACCGACUAUGCGCAGAGGGAAAUCAGGUACGGCAACAUGGCGCACUGGGCGCGUGCAUUUCCAACUGAGCGUCGGACCUGGUACACCAACGAUGCCAUCUGUAACAUCCACGCCAACUUCAUCACCAGAGCCUGUCGAUUGAACUGCUAUGCCUGCUUGCAGAAUCUGCCCCGGGAAUGCUUCACAGAUUCGCAAGUCAUGGGGAGUCGAAGUCUUGGGCACAAAGAUGCCGAAAGACGCUUCUGCAAAGUCUGUGGCGUAAAGAAAGGCAUCUGGGCGAGAGGCACCACGAUCAAAGAAGCCAAGGGUACUUGGGUUGUCUGCAAAGGAUGUGCCUCCAUCAGGACAGCAGACUCGAAGUACAAGCGCGAUGGUGUCUGUUCUGCCCAGUGCCUUUCCCAAGUGAUCAAGGAGUACCAGAAUACCACUUCGAAGCCCUGCACAUCUAAGGGAACUAGCUACAUUUCACAAAACUCCAGUACAAGUGCAGAAUCCCAUGAAACCAGGACGUCAAACACUCGGGCAACUCGAUGCUUGCGAUGCUGGGCAAUCAGCCAUACCGAGAAGGUGGCAGACGGCGAAUUGGCUCUACAUCUAUGCAAAGAGUGUGAGGCUUUUACUCGGUCGUCAUAGUCGAGGUACUUGGAGAUCUUGAGAUGAAUUUCGCAGGGAAGAUUUGCGAGCGCAGUCAUUGUCUUGUCAUUGUCCCCAGCAAUUUGAAGAGCGACCUCAUUUUGUGUCAUGUUAUCGCGGUCCGUCCGGAAAGUUAGAGUGUUGGGUGAAGAGGGUCGCGUCGCCGUUGUUUGAUGUAAGCAACAACCAACAGGCUUCUGGCGACUGAUGAAAGGGGUUCACAGCAGAAAUACUCACGCAGCAGAGGCAGCAGAUGGACUUUUUGCAGGCAGUGACACAUAGACUCCUACUGCCUCAUCCAAGCAGUGACAAGAACAGAUGACUGCUGUCCGAGGCAGUCAAGCACACAAAAUUUU